AUGGAUAACGUUUCAGUUAUUGUCAAUGUGACAAUUCCGACUGCAAUCACCAUGCAAGACGAUGCAGGAUUGAAUCUUCCACUGCCUUUACGGAUCUUCCUAGGAUUGCUGUUAUCGAUACUUGCUAUUUUGACAGUGGUUAGUAACACGAUUGUGGUCGUUGCCAUUGCUCGGAUCAGAUCUCUUCGGACAAUUACAAACAGUCUAAUUGUCUCAUUAGCUAUUGCUGAUUUGAUAAUGGGACUGAUCACGAUGCCGUUGGCGAUUGUAAACGAUAUAGCUGGGGGACAGUGGUAUUUGGGGCAUAUUGCCUGUGAUUUCUGGAUGGCCACUGAAAUUCUCAGUGGUACCGCGUCAAUAAUGAAUCUCUCCAUGAUAUCAUUGGAACGCUAUAUUGCGAUCCAAUACCCACUGACUCACCGUUGGUUCAUGAGUUCGCAAACAGCAGCAGGCAUGAUUGCGUUUGCGUGGAUUAUCCCACUAGGUAUGUCGUAUCCAUGCAUCGUCUGGUGGCAUUCUGUGAAAAUAUCGCUUCACCGUCCUGCCGUAUGCACCUUCACAGAUGACGGUAAUUAUAUUCUGAUGGUUGUAUCGCUAUCUUUUUUUAUUCCAAGCAUUAUUAUGAUUUUCGUUUACGUGAUGAUUUUCCGGACUGUAACUAAUCAAAUAAACUCCCUACGAAGUGGCCGACUCAGUGUAUCUAAAUCAAAAAGUAACGGGGAUCAGAUUGAAAUGAGAAUCCAUCAUGGAGGGGCGUUUGACAAGUGUAAUGUAGAUGAGCCUGGAGCAAUUACUGAAGGGAGAACUGACAUGUCAGAUCUAAGGAAUGAAUACCGGGCAGUAAAGAUGUUGUCCAUUGUCCUCGGUGCGUUUGUAUUUGCUGGUUACCUCUAA